AUGGCCCAUGCAGGUUUGACACUCAAGGAAUUUGAGCGACUCCUGGAAAAGGCCAAAGCACAAACCGAGAAAAGCUAUCUGAAGGUCCAAGAAAGCUCGGAUAUAUUUCGUCAAAAUGACCAAAUUAUACUGGAAGCAAAGUCCAACUUCCUCAGCUUUCUGUAUCGCCUCCUAUGGGCCUUUGGAGCACCUUCAACACUUCUCGCCCUGCUGAAUCUAUUUUUAGACGAAAAUAAAGCCACGAUGCAAAGUCUGAUCGUGUCUACUCAAGGCAUAGCUACAGAUCUAGGACAGGAAGGAGCGGGCUUUCGUGAAAAUAUGGAAGAGCUGAAUCGGGUUGAAGAGCGGGCUAAGCAACUAAUCCAGGCAUCUGAACUGGAAAUUGAGAGCAAAGACGGACGAUCGGGAAAAAGCAAUGUUUCAGGAUCCUCUAUAGAAGUGGAUUCCUCCGAAUUUCUGUCGAAGAAUGAAGCAGAGCAAGAAAGGAUGUUGGAGACUGAGAGAGAUGCGAGAUUGGAAGAAACGGACAUUAUUAGAAUCCAAGAGGAGAACAUACGAUUGCGUGAAACUCUAAAGAUAGUGGAAGAGGAAAAGGCUAAGACGGAAUCUAGGGUAUCUUCACUUGAAGAGAAAUUUGCGGAAGCCGAACGUAUUCGUGCUGGAACUGAAGGCAGUGGCAUUUUUAACACUGUCUGGGCAUGGAUAAAAUGGGCCUUGACGUGCGGUUUUGGUGAAUUACGGAAACCCCAGAGAGAAAACCUGCGUUGA